AUGGCGCCGAGCUCCCCGUCGUCCGCCGCCCCCACGCGCGUCUCCGGGCGGAAGCGCGCCGCCAAGGCCGAGGAGGUCCGCCAGAUCCAGGAGGAGGAGGAGGAUGCCCCGGUGGCGUCCUCCGCCAAGCGCCGCCGCGGGGCGGCCGCCGGGAAGAAGCCCAAGCAGGCCAAGCCGCCCAAGGCGGGGCGGAAGAAGAAGGCGGAGGCCGAGAGGACGGAGCCCGUGGAGGACGACGUGUGCGCGGAGGAGCCGGACGAGGAGGAGAUGGCCUUGGGCGAGGCUGAGGCUGAGGCGGAGGCGGAGGCGGAGGCGGAGGCCGAGGAGCAGGAGGCGCCCGCGGGGUCGCCGGGGAAGAAGAGGGUGGCGCAGCCCAGGAAGAGGGGCGCCGUCGCGGCUGGGGACCACGAGCCGGAGUUCGUUGGCGAGCCCGUCCCCGCCGCCGAGGCGCGUACCAAGUGGCCCAAGCGUUACGACCACCGCGCCGCCACCAAUAGUCCGGAUGAGGACGAGGAGGUCAAGGCCAGGUGUCACUACCGGAGUGCCAAGGUGGACAACGUCGUCUACAGCCUUGACGACGAUGUCUACGUCAAGGCUGGAGAAAAUGAGGCUGAUUAUAUUGGCCGCAUUACUGAAUUUUUUGCGGGGACUGACGGCUGUCAGUAUUUUACUUGCCGUUGGUUCUUCCGUCCUGAGGACACGAUUAUCAAUUCCUUGGUGUCCAUAGAUGUUGAUGGCCAGAAGCAUGAUCCCAGACGUGUUUUUCUUUCUGAGGAAAAGAAUGACAAUGUGCUCGAUUGCAUCAUCUCAAAGGUCAAGAUAGUCCAUGUUGAUCCAAAUAUGGAUCCAAAAGCCAAGGCUCAACUGAUAGAGCAUUGCGACUUGUACUAUGACAUGUCUUACUCUGUUGCGUACUCCACAUUUGCUAAUAUCCCAUCGGAAAAUGGGGCAUCCGGCAGUGAAACUGCUUCUGGUAUUUCUGAUGAUGCGGAUUUGGAGAUGUCACCUCGUACGCCAGGGGGAACAGCAACCCUGCUUGAUCUGUAUUCUGGCUGUGGGGGCAUGUCCACUGGGCUUUGCUUGGGUGCAGCACUUGCAGGCCUGAAACUUGAAACUCGAUGGGCUGUUGACCUCAAUAGCUUUGCAUGCCAGAGUUUGAAGUACAAUCAUCCACAAACUGAGGUUCGGAAUGAGAAAGCCGAUGAAUUUCUUGCUCUCCUUAGGGAAUGGGCAGUUCUUUGUGACAAGUAUGUCAACAAAGAUGUGGGUUUGGAUUUAGCAGUCUCAGAGGAUCCAGAAGAUGAUGACAGCUCGCUUGAUAAGGAUGAAUUCGUUGUAGAGAAGCUUAUUGGGAUAUGUUAUGGUGGCAAUGGCAGGGAAAAUGGCAUCUAUUUUAAGGUCCAAUGGGAAGGAUACGGUCCUGAAGAGGAUACAUGGGAGCCCAUUAAUAACCUCAGUGACUGCCCACUGAAAAUUAAAGAAUUUGUACAAGAAGGGUACAGGAGGAAAAUUUUGCCAUUGCCUGGUGAUGUUGACGUCAUUUGUGGAGGCCCACCAUGCCAAGGGAUCAGUGGGUUUAAUCGAUUCAGGAACCGUAAUGAGCCCCUUAAAGAUGAGAAAAAUAAACAAAUGGUUACUUUCAUGGAUAUUGUGGCAUACUUGAAACCCAAGUAUGUUCUCAUGGAAAAUGUCGUGGACAUACUCAAAUUCGCUGAUGGCUACCUAGGACGAUAUGCUUUAAGCUGCCUGGUUGCUUUGAACUACCAAGCACGGCUUGGAAUGAUGGUGGCUGGCUGUUAUGGUCUGCCACAAUUCCGGAUGCGUGUUUUCCUUUGGGGUGCUCUUUCUUCCAUGGUGCUCCCAAAAUACCCUCUUCCUACACAUGAUGUUGUUGUGCGUGGAGGGGCUCCUAAUGCUUUUUCUCAAAGCAUUGUUGCAUAUGAUGAAACUCAAAGGCCUUCCUUAAAAAAGGCUUUGCUUCUCGGUGAUGCUAUUUCAGACUUACCAGAGGUAGAGAAUUAUCAGCCUCAUGAUGUAAUGGAAUAUUCUUCUUCCCCCAAGACAGAAUUCCAGUGCUAUAUUCGGCUUAGUCGCAAAGACAUGUUGGAUUGGUCCUUUGGGGAGGAGACCGGUCCAGAUGAAGGCAAACUGUUGGAUCACCAGCCCUUACGGCUGAAUGAUGAUGAUUAUGCGCGUGUUCAGCAGAUUCCUGUUAAGAAGGGAGCCAAUUUCCGAGACCUCAAGGGUGUAAGGGUUGGAGCAAACAACAUAGUCGAGUGGGAUCCAGAAAUUGAACGUGUGUACCUGUCGUCUGGGAAACCCCUGGUUCCGGAUUAUGCGAUGUCAUUCAUCAAGGGGAGGUCACUUAAGCCAUUUGGGCGCCUGUGGUGGGAUGAGACAGUUCCUACCGUUGUGACCAGAGCAGAGCCUCAUAACCAGAUUAUAUUGCAUCCGACUCAGGCAAGAGUCCUUACAGUCCGGGAGAAUGCAAGGUUGCAGGGCUUCCCUGAUUACUACCGAUUGUUUGGUCCGAUCAAGGAAAAGUACAUUCAAGUCGGCAACGCAGUGGCUGUCCCUGUUGCCCGGGCACUGGGCUACUGUCUGGGGCAAGCGUUCCUGGGUGAAUUAGAGGGGAGCGGCCCACUGUAUGAGCUGCCUGCAAGCUUCACCUCUGUGACGCGCGUGGCACAUGCGAGGGCUUCCCCUGUCAGCACUCCUUCUGGGGAGGUGAUUGAGCAGUAAAAAGCAGAACUGAGCCAGGAAAGACCAGGAGCAACACUUGUUGGGUUCGAUUUAGGUACAUCCAAGAGCAUGCUAAUAAUUAUGUCAACUUGUUCUACUUAAGAUUGGAUUGAUGAAUGUUGGCAUGGUGACACUCGAGCUUGAGUGCUUGUUGUACUGUAUGGUGCGGUGUGAAAACAUUCAUCGGUGUAGUUGUAGGAGACCCUUCUCAUGUAUUAAUUGAGAAGUCUGCUGGUUUGAUGCUUUGUAUCAUGUAUGUGUAUUCAGAGCAACCAUUGAUCUAAUUGUUUGAUGUAAGGAGAACCAAUUGUGUUCAAUGCAA